AUGACUACAUGGUCAUGCUUCCUAGGUAGGACAGAAAUACAGAUAAAGUUCCUGCUGCACAGGUUAUUUUUUGUUGCCAAGCUGUCAGAAAGAGCAGACAGGAGAGAGGUCACAGGUUACCAUGAAAGACUGUUUCAGAACAUAUUAAAAUACCACCUAGGAGAACCAGUCUCAGGUCUACUUCUUCUCUAUCCCAGCUCCAUCCUUCAUAUACUAGAGUCCUCCAGUGGCACAUUGUAUCAUAUCCUCCAAGAUCUAGCUUCUCUCCAGAAGCAAGGCUCCGGUGCUUUGCUACAGGAAAUUAGGAUUUUAGUGGUAUCGCACAACAUCCCAACCAGGCUCUUCCUGCAGUGGUAUGUCACAAUGGUGACACGGCCUGUGACAUACCUAGAAGAUUUGACACAAUCGCAGUCUGCAGAAGAGGUGGUGACUGAGUGUCUUAUGCUUCUCCUCAAACUGGGAACAUAUCUUUCAAAGACUUUUAAGGUGAGCAGUAAGGGACUGGGUGACAAUCUGCACACCCUUGUACCAGAACUUCUCAUCCCAGCAGAAACUAUUAACUAUUUGUGCAAGGCAACAGAAUUUCUAAGUCCAGAAGCAUUUCUGAAAAUGUAUAACAACCCUUUACAGCCUGCCAUGGCUUCAGAAACUGUGUGGCCUACCCCUUGUCACUUGUAUCCGUGAUACCUGAGACUGUACUUCCUCCUUAGUAAUGUCAUGUUUUCAUCAUUUACAAAACACCCUUCAAGGCCCCCUUGAAUUCUGAGUGCAACAAAUUGACCAAGCUACCAUGAAUGCUAGAGAGAGACAAUGCUCUUUUAACCUGACAUUCUCUGUGGAGAUCUGUGGAAAUAAUGAAGGAACUUCAGUGUGUGUCAUGUGUUAACUGCUCUAUAAAAUGUUAAUAAAUAGUCUUAGGAUAGUGUGAAA